AGGGAGGGGAAAGAGAUGGCAUAAGAGACAGAGACAGAGUGGGAGAGGAACACAGCGAAACUAUCUGCAGGCACAGACAGACACAGAUAUCCAUCCAGACAGACAGGCAGGCCUCGCUCCCCAGCACAGAAAGAUGAGCUCUCAGAUGUACACAGAACUGUCUGCGGCUCCCUCGUCUGGCUCAGCCCUGGAGCUACGCUUUGCAGAGGACACCUCUCUCACUGAGGUGAUGCGGCUACGUGUCCAGUCCCUGCAGCGUAGCGGUCAGAAGCGACAGGAGGGGGAGCGGUUGCUCCUCCCCCACGAGGCUGUCUACCGUCUGGACUUCGCCAAUCAGGAGCUGACGUUCGUCCACUGGUCGGUGUCUCUGAUUGGCAAUGGCAGAGUGACCGUCACAGGGAUCUCCCAGCUCUGGACCCCUGACCUCACACACCUGAUGACCCGGCAGCUUCUAGAACCCGUCGGAACAUUCUGGCGGAACGCUGGCGACCCGGAGGACUCGCCCCUCAAGUGUCUGGAGGCGGACAUCCAGGAGUUCGGGGAGCGAAUCGCGGAGCUGGCCAAGGUCCGCAAGGUCAUGUACUUCCUGUUUGCCUUCAAGGAGGGGGCGGAGGCUGACAAGGUCAGCAUCUCCGUGGAGUUUAAUCAGGCCUGACCUAUAAACCUUAAAGGGAUACUUUUGGAUUUUGGCAAUGAGGCCCUCUGGACACAGAAGUGUGUGCUUCUCUGUGUCCAGUAUGAAGGUAGAUAGAGGUAGUUUUGCGAGCCAAUGCUAAUGCUACCAUUAGGGCAAUGACUGGAAGUCAUAGCCCUAAUGCAUGCUAGCAGAUACCCAUAGACUUCCAGUCAUUGCGCUAACACUAGUUAGCAUUGGCUCGCAAAACUAUGUGAAACUACAUCUAACUUCCUUAAUACUGGACAUAGACAUACA